AUGUUAGUUAUUGGCUCUCAUACGGCUAUGUUCAUAUCGCAAGCAGAUGUGAUGCAUCGUCAACAUGUUACGCCACCCUCAAGUUUCAUAUUGCAGUCUUUGACGCCUCCACCAACUAACAGGAAGUUCUCUGCUCAAACCCGCCAAGUUUUCCACGAAAAGAAAUCUGCGUGGAAUGCGGCUAAAGAAGGGGGAAUGAAGUUAUUUUUACCUGAAAAAGGUGGAAGCUAUGAGGUCUUCAAUGAUCGGCCUUUAGCAAAGAAGAUCAUCCAAUACUGCGUUCAGGAUGUACAAUUCUUGCCACGGCUCUGGUCUCAUUACCAAAGAAGGCUUUCUGCAUCCUGGGCAAUAAAAGUACAGGUGGCGACGGAUGAAAGGGUCUUGAUGUCGCAAAGUGAGCAUUACAAAGGCCACGGCAAGCACAAGGCUCUGGCCCCGGCAGGAUGGUAUAGCCCCCCAGCUCGAAAUAUCAUGUGGGACGACUAUUGA